GAGUGGUGCGAACAGGAAGCAGCCAUAUGCAGACCGAGAGGAGUUCACAGACCGCAGGGCGAGCUUCGAGAGAGAGAGAGAGAGGGAGAGAAAAACAAAGCAGCUCUUCUCAUUGACACCAACGUGAAGCAACAAGAUAAGUGCACGGCAACAGGAAGUGUUGGUGCGUGUGCGUCAGUAUCUCAGCAGCUCACCCCGUCGUCCUGAGGCUCCACAUACAGCUCAUCACCGAUCCUGGACAGCGAGUGGAUGGCUUUGGCCAGAACUGGAAGUGUGUAAGUUUAAAGGAACGCUGGCAUGCUCCGGUUCUCCUCCCAUCACAGUGACAGAAAUGGCUGCGGGAGAAGACGAGUGACAACUGAAACCGUGGACAUUUAAAUGAAACCGAGACUUUGAGGGGAAACAAGAGGACUGCUGCUGAAACAUUUGAGGAUCAUGGGGGAGUGGGACCAGUGUGAGAGCGAAACAUCUCGGAGAAGAAGCACAAGCAGCAAGGAAAAAGAAACGUUUCUAUCUAACUGAGGGAGUGAUGUGUUAUAAGAAAUGGACCUGUGUUGAUAUUUGCUCUGAGGAACCGUUAAGAGAGUAAUGGAAAAAGAUUGGAACAUGAUAAAAGAAAGAAAUAACCAUCACAGGAGUCUUGACAAAAGAAGUUGGACACAGGGGUGAUUUUCUUUUUUCUACAGUUUCUUCUGUCAUGGUCUGCAGUUUAUUUUUAAAUCAUCACAAUACAUAACUCUGUGAGGAAUCUAAUUCGUUGAAUAUAUUGUUUACGUAUUGUUGACAUGCUUUUCUGUGACUUUUGGAUUUGAAUCACAACAAUAUUUGUUCCUAUAUGUCUCAGUCACAUAAUCCCAAAGACACUCAGGGCAUGCUGCAGUCCAUGCUGCAGAGACUGAGGCUCCAGCCAGGAAGAGAGGAUCAGCCCCUCCUGCACAGCCCCGGGCCCAUCACAGCUGCCUCUAACCACCCUUUCAAUGGCUUUGAGUUUGGUACCAAUGGAAUCCCUACGAAUGAGUUUGGAAUCUCCGCUGUGGACAAUUUAGUCAUCAAAGGUGGGGAAGUACGCCAAGCAAGUGAUGGCUGUGGAAUUGACGGGGGUCUUGUUUCCUUCCCCCCCCAGAAAGACAACACUGAUAAGGACACGGGUGAGAACAGGGUGUUGGGAGAGGCCACAUCACCUCGGAUCACCCCAGCAGGAACAGGGCAGUCGUUUCCUGCUAAAUCACUUAAAGGGGCUGAUAUCACUUCCUUUAAGGACACUGAUAGGGAAAGGGGGACUUUUGGCACUUCGGCUAUGACAGGGCAGGUCCCUGCUCUCACAAACUCAGGACAGAAUGCGAUCCAGGAUCUGGAAAAGGUUCAGCGUUUCGCACCUAAAGUCUACAUGUGGUCGGUGACGCCCACAGAUGCAAAUGUUGACACAGGAAGUCAAGAGAGUAAAGUGCCUAAUGUGGGAAAUGGGGAAUUUGGAGCUUCGGCACAAAGUAAAGACAUUCAGUUUGUCGCAGGUGGCCAAACGACAACUAACAGCAGCUCCAGACAAAAACAGCGAUCGUCGGAGAAUAAGCCAAGGAGAUGGACGCAGAAGAUCAAAGAGAGAUGGAUGGACAGGCAGGGGAGUUUUGUCAAAAAGGAGAAAGAGGAUGGAGGGAGAGUUGACCAGAACAGUAAGCAGGGAACUGAGAUUUCACCUCCGAAGCAGCCACUGCCAGCAGAAAAUCUCAUCAUUACAUCACAUAAAGAGGAAGAGGGGACCCUGGUCUCAUUAGACAGCAGUGAAGCCCCUCCACCACACACAGACGACAGCUGUCUCGAGGAGCGUUUCAGGCCUUCUAGUGACGUUGAGUUUGGCCUGGGCUCAUUCAGCCUCCUGGAGGAGAUUGUCACAGGUCAAGAGUGGGCCAGGUUCCUUAACCCCAACCUGCCAGCUGCCUCAGCCAAUCAGAGACCAUCAGUGGAGCCGCCGAGCCAACUCAACAGCCCCCCGGAUUUCCGCAUGGCACAGAUAUCACCUGAUAGAUAUUCCCAACCCGUGAGCAUGGAUGUCUCAGAGGGAAAACAGCAGCAGUACUAUGUAGUGGCUGAUCAGUCAGAACCAAUGGAGGAGUGGCUGCCUGGAGAGAGAGGGCGGGGGCAGCAGCAAAGACCUCAGUCCUUUGUAGAGCGUGCAGAUAUUCUGGACAACCCAAUACUGAAGAGAGUCCACCUGAACAGAAAGAGACAGCAUCAUUCAGCUGGCAGGGCCGCGAGGCUGGCCACUGAUGAAACAGCAUCUGCAUCUUCGCUGAGUAUGACCAGCAGCCAUGUGAUGGAUGAAACUGCAGAGUCGCAGCAUGAUGCUCUCAUGCCUUUAAACCCCCUGAAGUCUCCUCCCGCCCCUCUCCCCCCAUUCAAACCCUUCGCCCCUGCACCUCGGGGUGUCCUCAAACACUCCAUGUUCCUUGAUUCAGAGCCCUUGAAUGAAAUAAUGACAAAAAGGCGGCGAGUCGAGGAGAACCGCAGGGUUCGUUUCUCAGAGGAGGUGUUGGCCAUAGACCCUCCGGAGCUGGAUGUGGAUGCUGAAGACUCGGAGGAUGAUUCUGGAGCAGAGGACGACUCUGUGAUCGAGCAGGAGUGUGAGGUGGAGCAGUUGGAGAUGGAGGAGGCGGCAGCAGCAGCAUCAGUGGCAGCAGCAGCAGCAGCAGCAGCAGCAGCAGCAGCACGACGGUCUGUCCUCCCUGCCUGGAUACAGGCUCUAAAGAGGAGGAACACUGGGAGGAAGCACAGAUAGUAACAGACAGAGAAACUGCAGAACAUCAGCAUUUAGUCUCAUACAUGUGUCCCUUUUAAAAUGAAAACAGUUUGAGAUAGUUUGUCUCAAAUGGAACUUCAAAUAAAUGAUAUAUAUUUUUUAAUAUCAGGCAUAUUGUAACAGUAUUUCUAAAAAACAUGAAAUGAAUGAUGUGAUAGUCUCACACUCUUGGUUUUUUGUUACUUGUUUUGUAAAAGAUAUUAUUUUGGGGGCUCGGAGGCCAUGGACAUUCACAGCAUCGGGCUCAAGUUGCCCAAUACAAUUGAGCGGCCCUUCUGGAGAAAAAAAACGUUUUUGCUAUUAUUGUGGUUGCGUAAACAGGACGGUCUGAUGGAAAGAUAAUGCCUCCAGCCAUUGGCUCCUCCAGCUACCUCCUUUUUUACUCACAUGUAUCAAUUCUUCUGAAUUGGGACGAUGUGAAAAAAGUGACAUUAUCACAAUAAACAAACCCAUGGACACACACACACCUUUUUUUAGGCCUGAGGGAACAUUUGUUCUCUAUCAACAGACGAGCUGCCGAGGACUUUAUGAUCCAGUGUAUUAUAUUAUUUAUCCAUUCGAUGCAUUAUAAUGAUUCAUUUAUUACAUCAAACUUUGUGGCUAACUGCUGUGAAUUCCUCUGGGGCCUCCCUUCACUGUAUCCGCUCCCGUAAAUCGCUGUCCGAGCCAUUAAGAGGCUCUUCAGCUGAUCUAUUAGUGCCCUGGUCACAAUUUAUAGGGAAAUGAGAGGAGUAACAGAGAGAAGGGAGCGAGACUGAAAGAUAGGCAGACAGAUGACUAAAUAAAUGCGGACAGAGCCGCGGGAGUAAGAGAAUCCUAAUGUACUUAUGGAUUGUUCACACAAAAAAGCAGGAUCACAUUAGUCCAUUAGUCUGUGUAGUAACAUCUCCUACUGUACGUCAUCACCCAGAAGUGGACUAAUAAUGGUCCAUUUGUAAACCUCAAGCACCACACACACUCAAACCGCCACCACAUCACACACAGACACACACAGACACACUUGUACCACUGCCACAACACACACACACACAUUAUUCUUUACACCAUUAAGAGCCUUCAGUGCUUUUAUUUGUGCAGGAAGAAAAGAAAAGAAAGGCAGUCGUUGUUUGUGUGAACAUGACGACAAAAAGAAAUAACCCCAAAUUAUUUCCCCACAAGUUUUAUUCUCCGCGUUGUUUUUCAUAUUGAAUACAGCUAACUGAAAACAGAGGCGGAUUAAUUCAGCUUUAAUACUAGUUCGCUUAAUCAUUUUGUUACAAUUUAUGAAUGGAAAUUUACUAAAAAAUGAAACUGCUUAUAAUAAAAUUGAAUUUGCAUUACCA